AGGCAGCUGCUGAUCGGGUCCACGGCCAGAGUUGUGUCAGCAUCCUGCUACAUCAGCAGAAUGCAUCAUCAAUCAGCGGCGCCGAUGACGCGAUAGCCUCAUUGGUCAGCGAGAGGAUCAGCAGUUGCUGCUCAACAUUCGCUUCUAUCAGCCGCCUGGGCAGAGGACAGAUCAGAUUGAAAUGUGGUCUACAUUACAAGUUAUAAUUGCCGUUCUUCCGCUGCUCAGUGCUCUUCCUGAUACUAUCCGAAUUGGCGGUCUCUUCCACCCAGCUGAUGACAAGCAGGAAGUAGCCCUCCGCUACGCUGUGGAACGCAUCAAUGCAGACCGCUCGAUUCUGCCGCGGUCGCGGCUCUUGGCGCAAAUUGAAAAGAUCCCUCCGCAGGACAGCUUCCACGCGUCGAAGCGAGUUUGUCAUCUGCUGCGCAGCGGAGUGGCGGCCAUAUUUGGUCCGCAGUCAGGUCAGACAGCCAGUCACGUGCAGUCGAUCUGUGACACCAUGGAGAUCCCACACCUAGAGACCAGGUGGGACUACCGUCUGCGAAGAGAGAGCUGUCUUGUGAAUCUCUAUCCUCACCCUACUACUUUAUCCAAGGCUUACGUUGAUUUGGUCCAGGCUUGGGGCUGGAAAUCAUUCACUAUCAUCUAUGAGAACAAUGAAGGAUUGGUGAGACUUCAAGAACUCUUGAAGGCUCAUGGACCGUCCGAGUACCCUAUCACAGUGAGGCAGCUGGGAGAAGGCUCUGAUUAUAGGCCACUUUUGAAGCAAAUCAAGAACUCGGCCGAGUCGCACAUAGUCCUGGACUGUUCAACAGACCGCAUCUACAAUGUACUGAAGCAAGCCCAGCAGAUUGGAAUGAUGAGCGACUAUCACAGCUACUUGAUCACAUCUUUGGAUCUUCACAGCGUGGACCUUGAGGAGUUCAAGUACGGAGGCACUAACAUAACUGCGUUCAGACUGGUGGACCCCGAGAAGCCAGAGCUGCAGCGUGUCGUCAGAGACUGGAUCAACGGCGAACAGAAGCUCGGCAGGAAACUCGAUUUAAUAACACACUCGCAAUAUGGCCGGGACAACAUAACUUUCAUCAAGACGGAGACAGCGCUGAUGUACGACGCUGUCCACUUGUUCGCGAAAGCUCUGCAUGAUCUCGACACCAGUCAGAGAAUAGACAUCAAACCGUUGAGUUGCGAUGCACUCGACACCUGGCCACAUGGCUACAGUCUCAUCAACUACAUGAAAAUUGUUGAGAUGCGUGGCUUGACGGGUGUUAUCAAAUUCGAUAAUCAAGGAUUCCGAUCGAAUUUUGUACUGGAUAUUGUGGAGUUGAACAAAGAGGGUCUGUCAAAGAUAGGCACGUGGAACUCUUCGGAAGGCGUCAACUUUACGAGGACUUACGGAGAGGUGUAUACGCAAAUAGUUGAAAGUUUACAGAACAAGACUUUCAUCGUAACCACAAUUCUGAGCUCUCCGUAUUGCAUGAGGAAAGACUCGAGUGAGAAGUUGACAGGCAAUGCACAAUUCGAGGGGUACAGCAUCGACCUCAUUCACGAGAUAUCUCGAAUCCUCGGCUUCAACUACACAUUCCGACUGGUGCCAGACGGUCGCUACGGUUCUUUCAAUAGAGAAACCAAAGAAUGGGAUGGCAUGAUCAAGGAACUUUUAGAACAGAGAGCAGAUCUUGCGAUAGCUGAUCUCACAAUCACUUAUGACCGUGAACAGGCUGUGGACUUCACAAUGCCUUUCAUGAAUCUUGGUAUCAGUAUACUGUACAGGAAGCCUAUAAAGCAGCCUCCAAAUCUUUUCUCCUUUCUGUCACCUCUAUCUCUGGACGUAUGGAUUUACAUGGCAACUGCCUAUCUGGGAGUGUCCGUUCUACUCUUCAUACUAGCAAGAUUCACGCCCUAUGAGUGGCACAACCCACAUCCAUGUAAUCCAAAUCCAGAUCAUUUGGAAAACAAGUUUUCACUUUUCAACUGUUUGUGGUUUGCCAUUGGCUCGCUCAUGCAACAGAGCUGCGACUUUCUUCCCAAAGCCGUAUCAACUCGAAUGGUUGCUGGUAUGUGGUGGUUCUUCACCCUGAUCAUGAUUUCGUCGUACACCGCUAACCUGGCCGCGUUUCUCACCGUGGAGAGAAUGGACUCGCCCAUCGAAAGUGCUGAAGACCUGGCCAAACAAACCAAAAUCAAAUACGGAGCUCUGAGAGGAGGCUCUACUGCGGCAUUUUUCAGAGACUCGAACUUCUCCACCUACCAGAGAAUGUGGUCAUUCAUGGAGUCAGCUCGACCGAGCGUGUUCACCUCGUCCAACGUGGAGGGAGUGGAGCGAGUCACCAAGGGCAAGGGCAGCUACGCCUUCCUCAUGGAGUCCACCAGCAUAGAGUAUGUCAUCGAGAGAAAUUGUGACCUCACUCAGGUGGGAGGUUUGCUCGACUCCAAAGGCUAUGGCAUUGCUAUGCCUCCAAAUUCACCAUACAGGACAGCAAUCAGCGGCGCCGUCCUCAAGCUGCAAGAAGAAGGAAAACUCCACAUUUUGAAAACAAGGUGGUGGAAAGAGAAACGCGGAGGCGGCUCAUGUAGGGAUGACACAUCGAAGAGCAGCAGCGCAGCCAAUGAGCUGGGUCUGGCGAAUGUGGGCGGGGUUUUCGUGGUGUUGAUGGGAGGCAUGGGCGUGGCCUGUGUCAUCGCCGUCUGCGAGUUCGUGUGGAAGUCACGCAAAGUGGCUGUCGAAGAACGGGUGAGCAGUCCCCUUACUUGACCUCUCACCCCCGAUCUGGGCGACACUCCUAACUGAACAACUGUAUAAGCUCCAAAAUGUGAUCUUACCCGAUGUUGACCCAAGCUAACCUUACCUAACCUAAUAUUGAACUCACCUCAGCAGUUCCCUUAUAUGACCUCUCACCUUAAUCUGGCUGACACUCCUGACUGAACAACUGUAUAAGCUCUGAAGUGAUCUGACCUGAUAUUGAUCUAACCUUACCUACCCUAACAUGACAUUGAGCUAACCCAAGAUUGUCCUAACCUAACAUUGACCUAAUCUGAGCAGUUCCCUUACUUGACUUCUUGCCCCUGAUCUGGAUGACACUCCCAACUGAACAACUCAUCAGCUUUAAAGCAUGUGAUCUAACUUGAUAUUGACCUCACUAAACCUGAUUUUGAGCUAACCUAGAAUUGACCUAACCUAACCUAACAUUGACCCAACCUGACCAGUCCCCUCUCACUCUUGACCUCUCACUGCCAAUCUGGGUGGCACACUCCAAACUGAACAACACAGAUUGAAAAAGUGGUCUCAGAUGGUCAAAAAGUGGUCUCUGAACUCACCUAUAAUAACACAAAUGAACUAAUAUUGAUGUGGCCUCACACUGACUUGACUUAAGAUUGACCUAACCUAACAUUGAUCUAACCUAAAAUUCAUCUUACCUAACAUUGACCUUACCUAAAUAUUUAUCCAGCCCAACAUUCACCCAAGCUUAUUCAACUAACUCAAUGUCAACCUUACCUUACAUUGAGUCCUUAAAACCAACAGAAGGUCCAUGAUGAGCGACAGCUCAGACUCUCUUUUGUUGCCAAUACUGACGAUGCAAAGUUCUGCUCCAGUACCGGUAGAUAUUUUACCCAUACAACAUGAUUUGCCAUAAUAGUUUAUAUUCAGGGUAAUAAUUUAUUUAUUUCAACUUUUAUUGGUGUUAAAUAGGCAGUGUGGGAAACUGGUAGCCUAAAGAAAUCUAAAAUAUGGCUCAGUGAUUUAACUUAGGUAUUCUACAUAGAGUUUGAUGACAAUUUGAUCAAGAAGGUCAUAUUCCAGAGUGUAACUCAGAAUUUGAAAAUCGAAAACUAUGGAAGUUAGCGAGAAGGAUGUAACUGAAAUAAGUAAUAUUUAUAUUACUAACCUGAAAGCUAUAUAAUAUUAGCAGAUAAUUGUAAGGGAAUAAAAUUUAAUCAUACAUAAGACUAUACCGGUACUGUAAAAAACUUAUGAAGAUGGUAGAGUGAGAGAGCAAUAACCAUAUUCAUUCAAACUUAUUCUAAUCAG